GACGCGCAGUGAGAUUUCUUGGAGGCUGCAAUAGGUGACUUGCACAACACCCACCACCGAAACCACAAUUUCGAGAUGUCGCAAUCAGACGAGGAGGAUGACUACAUGAACAUGGUGUUCGAAGAUGCGCCGAAAGGUCCCAAAUUCGAAACAUCACUACAGCGCGCCGCGCGCAAGCGCAAAGAGGGUGAAGCAAGAGCGCGACAGAAGACCAAAGCUGAAAAGGAGGCUGAGGCUGAGGCCGCGCGAGAAGAAGCACUCGCGACUGCACUGCCAGAGACCAAUAAAGGAUUCAAGAUGAUGGCUAAAUUCGGCUUCAAGCAGGGCGACACACUCGGCAAAUCCGAAGACGCGCGCAAAGUACCGAUCGCGGUCGAUAUCAAGGCGGACAAGGGAGGCGUUGGGCUGGAGUCGGAGAAGAAGCGCAAAUUUAGAGAGCAGUGGGCAGAGGCAGAACGACUGGCAAAGCGCUCCAAAGAGGAAGAGGGCGACUAUCUCGAGGUGCGGCGACAAGAGCAGAAGGAGAAGAAGGCUGAGAGAGACCUCGACAAUGCCCAACGUACAGCUGAGCGACUGUCUGAGAAGGCCGCCGAAGACAAAGGUACCUCAGAGCCUGGCAACAAGCCCCUCGAGGACAUCAAUGUACUCUGGCGCACCCGUGCAAGAAGGAGGGUAGAGGUACAGCAAGACAAACAACAGCGGCGGGAGCUGAACAACAGUCUUGCCUCGCGUUUGCCUACGUUAGCGGACGAAGGCGACACAGACAACGACACAAAAGUCGCAUUGGGCGAGGAUCUGAGGCCAUUUUACACCACAUUGGAGAACGAUCUUGAAGCAGAGGAUCCUGAGCUGGCCGAGUUCGAGGCACUCCCUGUGACCGAGCGACUUCAGAAAGUGUUACUCUACCUGCGCGAAGAGUUCCGCUAUUGCCUGUAUUGCGGCUACCAGUACCCUGACGCGGAGUUGGAAGGCUGUCCAGGUGUCACGGAGGAAGAUCACGAUUGAGCUCGCAAAAGAUGAGCUAUGAACUCCUUGCAUGUUCCAAUGCGUUCAAGGCUAAAUGAUUGUCCAGUAAGUGUCGUAGACUUCGCGGUUCAAAGGACGUUGGUGCUAAUGUGCGCUCGUUCAAACGCGGAGGGUCGCCAAGUGGAAACGCAUUUCGCCAUGGUACUUGUAAGGGCGAGGCUUGCGGGGUGCGCUUUAGAUGUGAAGAUACCCAGUAGAACUUGACAAGAUUUUGUAAACCUUCCCAAUGGGCUUUUGCCGUACGAGUCUUAUCAGAUGACAAUGAAG